AGCAUCAGCCGUCAGCCUCAUCGGGUUCAACUGCGGCUAAACGCACCGCGCCGGGCUCCCUGUCACACGGCACGGCGGAGCUGGCUGGCGUACAGUCCACCCCCCCCCCCCUCCACGCAAGGAGACCCCUUCCCCACUCCGCGCGAAUCCUUUCGUCCUUUCCUCCAUCGGCAUUUGAGAGAGCGAGCAUCCUCAGCAUCAGCACCGCCGCCACCGCCGCCUCGAAACCAGAACACCGAGAGAGAGGGAGAAGGAAAGAGAGAGGGGGAGAAAGGUGUCUCGUCCACAUUUUUUUCCUUUUUUUUUUUGAAUUUAUUUUCUAACAGGAGCACCGCGUCUCGAGUCGCAUUUCUACCAAGGGGGAUUGCACGGUCUCCGGCGUUUGCGGGCUGCUUAUAGCAUGGGAUCGGACUAGAGGAAUGGCUUUACGUCGGGAAGACUCUGUGCUCUGUGCUGUGGCCGUGCUGAGUGACUAAGCGGAGCGCUACGAGCCAUGGAGGAGAUGGACAGUAAACCCUACCAGCCGUUGUCCAAGGGGCGCCAUGAGAUGGAGAUGUCCUACACCAGCUCGUCCGACGAGAGCGAGGACGGCCGCACCCAUCACCGCUCCUACACCUCGCGCGAGACCCUGCCCGACUACACGCACGAGCUGCGCCUCACCCUCGGCUCGCACCGGGAGCGGCAGAGCAACUACAGCCAGGCCCAACCAGAUUUAGACUUCUGCAAGGCUUCCCAGAUGAGGAGCCCAGACUACCACAUCCACCAACAGCAGCAGCAGCAGCAGCAGCAGCAGCAGCAGCAUCAGCAUCAGCAGCAGCAGCAGCAUCAGGAGGAGGAGGAGGAGGCGCUGUGCUCCGGACCGGCCGCUCACGUGCACGGCCGCGGCUACUCCCUCGGCGUGAGCUCGGACGUGGACACGGAGCCGGAGGUGGACCCGUCGCCUGCUCACGGCCUGCAGCACAUGUGGAUGCGCGGCCUCAAGUCCGAGCAGAGCUCCUGCCUCACGAGCCGCGCCAACUCCGCCCUCUCCCUCACUGACACCGAGCACGACAGGAAGUCCGAGCCUGACAACGAGCUGCCCAGCAGUCCAGGUGGCCAGUUCACGUUCCGCCCGCUGCCCCCGCCUCCGCCGCCGCCCCACGCCUGCACGUGCGCCCGCCCGGCGCCCUACACCCAGGUCAGCCUGCAGAGGAAGACCAUGCCGACGCGCUGCCAGGCCAGCCAGGGCAGCCAGGGGCCAGACACCGGCUCGAGCACAGACCAGGCGCAGCUUCACAACAGCUGGGUGCUCAACAGCAACAUCCCCCUAGAGACCAGGCACUUCCUGUUCAAGCAGGGGUCCGGUUCCUCAGCUCUACUGUCAGGGGCGGGGCAGGGGUACCCGCUGACCUCCGGCACCGUGUACUCACCGCCGCCCCGGCCUCUGCCUCGCAGCAGCGUGACCAGACCACUGUUUACCUUCAACAAGCCACACCGCUGCUGCAACUGGAAGUGCACGGCCCUGUCCGCCUCCCUCCUCACCCUCACCCUGGCCCUCCUGCUCACAUACGUCAUCGCGGUCCACCUGUUAGGUCUGACCUGGCAUCUGCGGCACGGCGAGAGCCAGCUGUACGAGAACGGCCUGAGCUCAGCGGACCAUCAGCAGGACGACCGCGGUAAAACCAGACCCACCAGCUCCAUCCACCUGCUGGACACGCUCAACCCUGAAAACACACACGCCGGUGACAGAGAGAAAUGGGUGAGAGGCCGGGCCAUCGACCGUGGCGAGGUCGACAUUGGAACUCAGCAGAGCCAGGCGAUCCCGCCGGGACUUUUCUGGAGGUUCCAUAUGAUUGUGCACCACCCAACCUACAUCAAGUUCAAUCUCUCUCUCUCACACAACGCACUGCUGGGGGUCUAUGGACGCAGGAACAUACCGCCUACACACACUCAGUUUGACUUUGUGAAACUGCUGGAUGGGAAGGCCCUGCCCAGGUCCUUGACUGAUCCCGUCUCAACCGCCAAAGUUCCCAAAGGCCUGCUGCUGAGCGGCCUCCAGGAAACGGGCUUCAUCGAGUACAUGGACCCUGGUACCUGGCAUCUGGCGCUCUACAAUGACGGACGCAACCUGGAGCAAGUGGUGCUCCACAGCACCCCCAUAGAUUCAAUGGACGGUUGCUCCACAGACUGUAACGGAAAUGGAGAGUGCGUGGCCGGACACUGCCACUGCUUCGCUGGAUUCCUGGGUCCUGAUUGUGCCAAAGAUUCAUGCCCCGUGUUGUGCAGCGGCAACGGCGUGUAUGAGAAAGGAAGGUGUGUGUGCCUGGCAGGGUGGAAGGGGGCAGAGUGUAACGUGGAAGAAGGUCAGUGCAUCGAUCCCACCUGCUCCAACCAUGGCUCCUGCAUCCAGGGCAUCUGCAUAUGCAGUCCUGCCUACAAGGGUGUUAACUGUGAACAAGUGGACUGCGUGGACCCUCAGUGCGGCGGGCACGGCGUGUGCGUGCGCGGGGAGUGCGUGUGCUCCUCGGGCUGGGCGGGAGUGAGCUGCGACGACCCGCUGCCAGCGUGUCAGGAGCAGUGCUCGGGACAUGGCACCUAUCUCCCGGAGUCAGACACCUGCGCCUGCCAACCCAACUGGACGGGACCGGACUGCUACACCGAGCUGUGCCCGGUGCCAUGUGGCAGCCACGGCGUUUGCUCGGAGGGCCAGUGCCAGUGCGAGGAGGGCUGGAUCGGCGCCGCGUGUGACCAGAGAGCAUGCCAUCCUCGCUGCGAAGAGCACGGCCAGUGCCACGACGGGACCUGCAUCUGCCAGCCCGGCUGGGAGGGGGAGCACUGUAACAUCGUUACUCAUGACUUGGAUGUCGUAGUAAAAGACGGCUGCCCAGGUCUGUGCAGCGGACACGGGCGCUGUACCCUGGAGCAGAGCGGUUGGCGCUGCGUCUGCCAGGCUGGAUGGAGUGGGCCUGGAUGCAGCGUUGUCAUGGAAACUGACUGCAGUGAUGGAACAGACAACGACGGAGACGGCCUGAUGGACUGCGUGGACCCGGACUGCUGUGAGCAGCUGAGCUGCGGCUCUGACCCGCUGUGUCACGGCUCGGCCGACCCGUUGGCCCUGCUGCUGCAGAGCCCGCUGCCCCCCGCCUCGCCCCCUUCGCCCACCAGCACGCACAGCUUCUACCGCCGCAUACGCUUCCUCCUUGGCAAGGCGGCCACACACACUCUCCCCGGAGACGUGCCCUUUGAUACCAGUCGUGUGGCGGUGAUUCGAGGCAGCGUCGUGCUGCAGGACGGCUCGCCCCUGGUUGGGGUCAACAUCACUUUCCCGCAGCAUCCCGAGUAUGGUUACACCAUCAGCAGGCAGGACGGAAGUUUUGACCUGGUGACUUUUGGCGCCAUGUCCGUGACCCUGAUGUUCCACCGGCCGCCCUUCCUCCCGCAAACGCGCACCGUCUGGACCCCGAACAACAACUUCCUGGUUCUGGAUCAGGUGACCAUGUCCCGAGAGGAAGUGCAGACGCCUAAAUGUGACAUCAGGAGUGUUCUGAGUCCGUACCCGCUGGUCCUGCCCUACCCGCUUCCCAGAUACACAGGAGCGUGUGCGGAGAAGGGCCCGGCGGUGCCUGAGCUACAGGCGGUGCAGGAAGAAGUUUCGCUCCCAGGGGCCUUCGUGAAGCUGAAUUACUUGAGCACCCGUGCUGCGGGCUACUACUCUCUGCUGCGAAUCCUCCUCACACCUCCUUCCCCGUCGUCCCCCGUCUCCCCGCUGGGCGGUCUGUCCAAGGUGCACGUCCGCUCGUCCGUCCAAGGGCGGUUGUACCAGCGGUGGUAUCCCGCCGGGCCCGGGCUCGUUCACCGGCUGGUCUGGAACAAGACUGACGUUUAUGGCCAAGAGGUCUGGGGCCUCACUUAUGCAACGGUGUCGGUCGGCUACGAGUACGAGUCAUGCCCCGGUGUCAUCCAGUGGGAAAGGAGGACCGCGCUGAUGCAAGGAUUCGAACUGGUUCCCUCCAACCUCGGAGGAUGGUCUCUGGACAAGCACCACGCCAUCAACAUACGCAGCGGAAUCCUUCACAAAGGAAACGGAGAGAACGUUUUCCUGUCCCAGCAGCCUCCCGUCAUCAGCACCGUCAUGGGGAACGGCUUCUACCGGAGCGUCCCCUGCAGCCCGAGCUGCAGCGGCGCGGCCAGGGACAUGAUGCUGUUCGCCCCCGUGGCGCUGGCGAGCGGCCCCGACGGCUCCCUCUACGUGGGCGACUUCAACUUCAUCCGCAGGGUCCACGCCGACGGAUACACCAGGACCAUCCUGGAGCUCAAGAACCGGGACACCAGACACAGCACCAGCCCUGCCCACAAGUACUACCUGGCCAUGGACCCAAUGGGAGAGGUUCUUUACGUGUCUGACACCAGCAGUCGCAGGGUUUACCGGGUGAGGAACCUCUCGCAGCCAAAAGAUCCAUCUCGCAACCUUGAGGUUGUGGCUGGAACCGGGGAGCAGUGUCUACCUUUUGACCAGAGCCACUGUGGAGAGGGCAGGAAGGCCACGGAAGCUGCACUCAAUAACCCUCGAGGUAUUGCGGUGGAUAAAAGAGGUGUCGUCUACUUCGUUGAUGGCACCACCAUUCAGAAGAUUAAUGAGAGGGGUUUGCUCUCCACUGUGAUUGGCUCCAACGGGCUGAUGUCGACGCAGCCGCUGAGCUGCGACGCGCGCAUGGACAUCAGCCAGGUGCGUCUGGAGUGGCCGACGGACCUGGCCAUUAACCCGCUCGACAACUCCCUCUACAUCCUGGACAACAACAUCGUCCUGCAGGUGUCAGAAAGUCUUCAGGUGCGUAUUGUGGCUGGACGUCCCAUCCAUUGCCAGGUCCCGGGCAUUGACCACCACCUGGUGAGCCGGGCAGCGGUGCGCGCCACGCUGGAGGCCGCUAAGGCCAUCGCCCUGUCCCACCUCGGAACUCUGUUCAUCGCCGAGACCGACGAGAGGCGGAUCAACCGCAUCCAGCAGGUGUCCACCAACGGGGAGAUAUCGGUUAUCUCCGGAGCCCCCACCGACUGCGAUUGCAAGAUAGACCCCAACUGCGACUGCUUCUCCGGAGACGGGGGCUACGCCCGCGAUGCUCGCCUCAAAGCCCCCUCCUCGCUGGCAGUGGCCCCCAAUGGCACCCUGUAUAUCGCUGAUCUGGGCAACAUCCGGAUCAGAGCCGUCAGCCCUAACCAGCCUCAGCCCAGCCCAGCUGGACUGGUGGAGAUCAGCUCCCCGCUGGACCAGGAGCUCUAUCUCUUCAGCCAGAAUGGCUCCCACAUGUUCACCAAACACCUGAUCACCGGCCACUACCUGUACAACUUCUCCUACGGCACGGACGGCCAGCUCUCUGGGCUGACGUGCCGCGACGGCCGCGGCAUCCAGGUGAGGAGGGACGCUCACGGCGUGCCUCUCUGGCUGGCGCUACCUGGCGGACAGGUGUACUGGCUCUCCCUUAGCAACAGCGGAACGCUGAGGAAGGUGUCGGCCCAAGGCCAUGACAUCGCCCACAUCACUUACCAUGGCAACACGGGUCUCCUGGCAACCAAGAGUGAUGAGAACAGUUGGACUACAGUUUAUGAGUACAACAACGAGGGCCGAGUGACCAACAUCACCUUACCCACUGGGGAGGUGAGCGGUUUCCACGGCAACCUGGAGCGCUGGUCUCGUGUGGAGGUUGAGUCAUCCAACCGUGAGAACUUUGUCACCAGCACCAACCUGUCUGCCAGUGAUACCAUCUACACGUUCAAACAAGACCACGCUCAGAGCGCAUACAGGGUCAGCGCAGACGGGUCGUUCCUCGUGACGCUGGCGAGCGGGAUGGAGCUGUCGCUGAGCACGGAGCCCCUCCUCCCGGGAGGUCUCGGAGGAGGAGUCAGUCCCACGGCCAGCCGCUGCAACAUCAGCCUGCCCGGAGACCACGCCCCCAGCCUGAUUGAGUGGCGGCAGAGGAAGGAGCAGAGCAAGACCAACUACAGCACUUACGAACGCAGGCUCAGGGCGCAUAACAGGAACCUGCUGUCCAUCGACUUUGAUCAGAACACCAGAGCGGGGAAGAUCUAUGACGACCACAGGAAAUUCACCCUCCGCAUCCAGUACGACCAGCUGGGCCGGCCCGUCGUUUGGUCUCCCAGCAGCAAAUACACCGAAGUGAACAUCAGCUAUUCUGGCGGAGGGCUGCUGUCAGCCAUCCACCGCGGAGACUGGUCCGAGCGGCUGGAGUACGAAAAUGACAGGGUGGUGUCCAGGGCCUGGGUCAACGGCAAGAUCUGGAGCUACACAUACGCAGACAGGUCCAUCAUGCUGCUCCUGCACAGCCAGCGUCGCUACGUCUUUGAGUACGACCAAACAGACCGUCUGGUUGCCGUGACGAUGCCCAGCAUGGUGAAGCACACCCUGCAGUCGCUGCUGUCCAUCGGCUACUACAGGAACAUAUACAUUCCCCCUGACAGCCAGGCCUCCUUCAUGCAGGACUUCACCCUCGACGGGCGGCUGAUGAGGACUCAGUACUUGGGAACAGGACGUAGUGUCAUCUACAGGUAUACACCAGCAGCGCGCCUCUCCGAGGUGGUUUAUGACUCCACCCUGGUGACCUUCACUUAUGACGAAGCCUCUGGCACCGUCAAGACCAUUCAUCUCACCCAUAACGGCUUCAUAAGCUCCAUACGCUACAGACAGACAGGUCCACUGACAAGUCGGCAGAUCUUCCGCUUCAGCGAGGAGGGCUUGGUCAACGCCAGAUUCGAUUACAGUUACAACAACUUCCGAGUCACUAGCAUGCAGGCGGUCAUCAAUGAGACACCUCUGCCCAUUGAUCUGUACCGCUACGUUGACGUGUCUGGACGGGUCGAGCAGUUCGGCAAAUUCAGCGUCAUCUUCUACGACCUCAACCAGGUGAUCACCACGCAUCUCAUGAAGCACACCAAGGUUUUCAACUCCUACGGCCAAGUGGUGGAGGUCCAGUAUGAGAUACUGAAAUCCAUCGCGUACUGGAUGACUAUUCAGUACGACUCGGCGGGACGGACGACCACCUGUGACAUCAGGGUGGGCGUGGACAACAACGUGACCCGCUACACUUACGAGUACGACGCAGACAGCCAGCUGCAAAGUGCCUCGGUCAACGAGAGGCCUCAGUGGCGUUACAGUUAUGACCUUAACGGAAACAUCAAUCUCCUCAGCCAUGGGACCAGUGCUAGGCUGACGCCACUGCGCUACGAUCAGAGGGACCGCAUCACGCACCUCGGCGAGUUACAGUACAGCGUGGACGACGACGGCUUCCUCCGCCAGCGGGCGAAUGACCUGUUCGACUACAACUCCAACGGGCUGCUGACCCGCGUCUUCAACCGCGUGAACGAGCGCACAGUGUGGUACCGCUACGACGGUCUGGGUCGGCGCGUGGCCACCAAGAGCAGCCAGGGCGAGCAGCUGCAGUUCUUUUACGCUGACCUGUCGCACCCCACCAGGGUCAGCCACUUGUACAACCACAGCAGCAAUCUGAUCACGUCGCUGUACUACGACCUUCAGGGCCAUCUCAUCGCCAUGGAGCUGAGCAGCGGGGAGGAGUACUACGUCGCCUGUGACAGCGUGGGAAGCCCGAGGGCAGUUUUCUCUAGCAAGGGCCGACUGGUCAAAGAGAUCCUCUACACCCCCUAUGGAGAGGUUUAUCAGGACACCAACCCUGACUUCCAGCUUGUCAUCGGCUUCCACGGCGGCCUGUACGAUCCCCUCACUCGGCUGGUCCAUUUGGGCAGGCGGGACUACGACACGCUGGCCGGCCGGUGGACUUCGCCCAAUCACGAACUGUGGGGGGAGCUGAGCAAGGAGCCGAAGCCGUUCAACUUGUACGCCUUCAAGAGUAACUGCCCGGUUGGGCGGGUGGAGGAGGUGACAAAGUUUACUACAGACAUCGGUAGCUGGCUGCAGCUAUUUGGCUUCCAGCUUCAUAAUGUUGUCCCUGGCUUCCCAAAGCCUGAAGUGGGCAGAAUGGAACAAACAUACGAACUGAUGAAGACCCAGACUAAGACACAGGACUGGGACUCCAGCAAGGUGGCUUUGGGAAUCCAGUGUGAGCUGCGGCGACAGCUGAGGAGCUUCAUCUCUCUGGAGAGGCUACCUCUUCUCUCGGAGCCGGUGGGAUCGGCGUGCCACAGACCGGCGCGGCCCCCCCCCUUCGGCUCCCGGCCCUCCAUUCUUGGCCCCAGCAUCCGGUUCGCCGUCUCUCACGGCCGGGUCAGCGCGGAGGUCAUAGGGGUGGCCAGCGAGGACAGCCGCAGGGUGGCGGCCAUUUUGAACGGCGCCGUCCACCUCAGCGGGCUGAGCUUCACCGUGCACGGCUGCGACACCCACCACUUCCUGCAGUCGCGGCCGAUCGAAGAGGACCUCGCCCUGGGGCUGGGAGUCGGCGGCCGCGUCCUGGAGAGCGGCGUGAACGUGAGCGUGUCUCAGAUGAGCGCCACGGUGAACGGCAGGACUCGACGAUUCGCCGAUAUCACGCUCCAGCAGGGGGCGCUGUGCCUGUGCGUGCGCUACGGCGGCAACGAGGAGGAGGAGAGGGCGCGGGUCAGGGAGGAGGCGAGGAAGCGGGCGGUGGACGGAGCGUGGGAGAAGGAGAAAAGGCGGGUGGAUUUGGGGGACGCGGGGAGCCGGGCGUGGAGCGAGGCGGAGAAGCAGCAGCUGCUGUCCGGGGGACGCGUUCAGGGUUACGACGGCUACUACUCCCUGCCUAUAGAGCAGCAGCCGGAGCUGUCCGACUGCCCCUCCAACAUCCACUUUAUGACACUGAGCGAGGUGGGGGGCAGGUAACAGAGACACGCGUGAGCAGCCCCCCACCCCACCAAAGACUGCCUGUUUCUACUCUACUCUGAUUUGUUCUACUGUUUCUAUACUGUAUCAAAAGAAGAAGAAGAAGAAGAAGAAAAAAAAAGAAGACGACGACAAAGAAGAACAAGAAGAGAGAUUGGGGGGGAAAAAAAACUUCCAAAUGCCUUUAAUUGUGACAAAAUGAUGGUAUUUUAUUAUUAUCGUCCAGUUUCUCCGAUUUCUAACAGUGGCACAAGCAGUGUGGUUUGGCUGUGGCUUUGCUUUUUGUAUCCCGACUUGACCGACCGACUCACCGACGGACUGACUGUCUGUCUGUCAUUUGCUGUUCCAACACUGUACAUCAUUUCGGACUCCGCAUCACUGAACUGUAGAGAUGGAGACUUUGCGGGAUUGCCAGUGACUAAUCCUCAAAUCAAGAGCUCUCCGGUUGCCAUUUGAGUUCCUACAUGGUUUACCUCGGAUAUACUAUCGUUUACAUAUUGUGUAAGAGAGGCCUUGUCGACUCUGACACUCCCCUUUAGAGAAGGAAACCUCCUGUGGUUUUCUGCCUCUGGUGUGCUCCAACAGUAGUUUGUAUGAGUGUGUAUACUAAAAAUCAAGAAUGUACAUAGCCAGUGCUUUCACACUGAAAAAAAAAAGAAAAAAGAAAAAAAAAAGUGCUCAACUGGAAACUCUGUUGUUCAUAAGUGUCAGUAUUGUUAAUCAAUAGAAAAACAGUUACAUUUUUGCAAAGAAUUAUACAUGGCUAUAGUAAAUAUUCUCGCUGAAAAAUCUGACUUUAUUGGGUUACAAUGCUGAUUAAAGUUAUUAUGUGUGAAUUAC